AUGAUGUUUCUUUUAAGUUUUCGAGGCGAAGACACUCGUAACGGUUUCACAGAUCAUCUCUAUACAACCUUGAAGCAAGCAGGAAUCUGCACUUUCCGGGACAAUGAUUCAAUGGAGAGAGGAAAAAUGUUGAAGCCAAAGAAAGCCAUCCACGAGUACGAGUCCAAAUUCAUAAUCACUAUUCUAAAUGUUGUUAUAAAGAAAGUGGACAACAAGGCCCUACACAUUGAGGAGAAACUAGUGGGAAUAAAGGACCAUCUUGCUGAGAUCCAAUCUUGGUUAAAAGAUUGGUCACUUGAUGCAGUAGUCCUUGUCAUUGAUGGGAUGGGAGGCAUUGGGAAAUCAACUAUAGCCAAAUGCAUAUUUAACUUAAACUUUCGUAACUAUGAUGACAGUUGCUUUCUGGCAGAUAUUAAUAAGGAGACGUCGAAUAAAAAUAGUACACUCAAUCGCUUCGAGAGUCAGCUUCUUUCCACUAUUUUAAGGAGUGAAAAAGAAGAAACUAUAUGGAAUAUUGAUGAAGGAAUCAAUAAGGUGACAAAUGUCAUAUCCAACAAAAAGGUACUUCUUAUCCUUGAUGAUGUUGCAACAAUGGAACAGUUAGAUGCCUUACUAGGACCGAAAAGGUUUUAUCCUGGAAGUAAAGUGAUCAUAACAACUAGGCACACAUGGUUGUUGACUGCUUUCAAAGAUCAUGGUAAGGUCCACUCCCUUGGAACAUUAUCCAUAGGUGACGCUACUGAGCUCCUUAGUUUGCAUGCCUUUGGUCAACACCUGUUAGUACAACGUCUUCAAUUUCCGUCCUUGAAAGGUUCCUGUAAAGAAAGAUUAGAUGCAAACGAUGUGGCUGAGGCUCGAGUUGGACUCAAUUCCCUUAAACAGAUUCGCUAAUUAGUUGUUCAGCGCUGCAAGGGCCUUCCUUUGGCUCUUAAAGUAUUGGGAUCUUCCCUACGUGAAAAGAAAAAUGAUGAAUGGGAAGAUGCAAUUCAAAAACUGGCUGCAAUUCCUCAUCGUGAGAUUCAAGAAGUUCUACAAAUAAGCUAUGAAACUUUGGCAGAUGACAAGGAUAAAGGUUUAUUCUUGCAUAUUGCUUUCUUCCUCGAGGGUGAGGAAACAGACUACAUUGUGAAAUUAUUGACUGAAUGUAAUCUACACCCUGUUGUUGGGAUCAAGAAUCUAAUGGAUAGAUGUCUAGUUUACGUUGAAUAUGGGAGAGUGAUGAUGCAUCAAUUAAUCAAGAAGUUGUUCGCCAGGAAUCAGAAAAGGAACCUGGGAAAAGAAGUAGAUUGUGGGACCACCAGGAAUGUAUUGAUGUGUUGCAAGACCAUACCUUGGCACGGAUUUUCUCUUAAAGCUAUACCUGGUGACAUUUCAUUGGAGAAGUUAUUGGUGAUACUUGACAUGAGUUACAGCAAAUUAAUACGUGUUUGGGAUGACUUCAUGUACAUUGGAUCCUUAAAAAUCCUUAAUCUUAGUUAUUCAUUUGACCUAAUUGAAACCCCUGAUUUUGGCGGACUCCCUUAUCUGAAGAGCUUGAUCCUGAGACAUUGUUGGAGUUUAAUCAAGGUUGGUGAAUUGAUUCCAUACCUUAAAAAACUAAAUUCGUUAGAUCUAACCAAUUUUAGAAGCUUGAGGGAUCUUCCAUGCUUACCUAGAUCCGUUGAAUUGCUUCAAAUAUCUGGUUGCAAAAACCUUGAAGUUCUUGGAUCGAUUGCAGACCUUAAAAAACUACGCUCAUUGGAUCUAAGCGAUUGUGAAAGCUUGAGGAAUCUUUGGUGCUUGCCUAGUUCCAUUGAAUUGCUCUAUAUGAAUGGAUGCAAAAAGCUUGAAGUUCUUGGAUCGUUUUCAAACCAUACACAACUAUACUCAUUAGAUCUAACCAAUUGUGAAAGCUUGAGAGAUCUUCCACACUUACGUAGAUCCCUUAAUUAUCUUAAAUUGUAUGGUUGCAAAAAGCUUGAAGUUCUUGGAUCGUUUGCAAACCUUACAGAACUAUACUCAUUAGAUCUAAGCUAUUGUAUAAGCUUGAGGGAUCUUCCGUGCUUACCUAGAUCCCUUGACUCGCUUCAAAUGUCUGGUUGUGGAGUUCUUGGAAGAGUUGAUCAUGGUUUGGGUUCAUUUUCAUCACUUUUCUUUUUAACGGAAGUGAAUUUGUCACACUCCUAUCUCUUUGACAAUUCUUUCCCAGAUGAAUGGAGUAGCAUGUGCUCAGAGUCUCACAAACUCCAAUCAGUUUUAGGUCUCCCAAAUUCUAUCAAUGAACUGUUUGUCAAUGACAAUGAAUCUUUGGAAAAAGUACAACCUGCAGAAAAUUCAAGGACUGUAGUGCACCACAUGAACUGCCCAAAACUGUGUGAGAUCGAGGGUCAUAAAAUUCAGUCAAUAGAUAAAGUUGAGAGGAAAAUUAUACGAUAUCUAGGAUUAGAAUCAAAUGCAUGUGAAGGAAUGGAAUUGGAUCUUGAGGUGUUUCAUGAGUUUGGCAUAUUCAGCACAUUUGUUUCAGAAAAACAAACCCCUUCUUAUUCCUGCUUCAUGUAUAAAGAAAUGGGCUCAGAAAUUUUGUUUAAAGUUCCUUCGUAUGGUAAUAGUUUGAGAAUAAUUGGCUUUAUUAUGUGUGUCGUUCUUUCUCUUUCAUUCUUGCAAAUGGGUCUUGAUCUGGAGAUUGGAGUACAAAACAAGACCAAAGAUUUGCUUUGGAGUUACUUUAAAAGAGAUCAAAAUAUCCGUAAGAAUGCAGGAAAGUUCGCAAUGUUAAGCCUUUGGAGGUGUGGCAAUUUGUUGGAGGGUGGAGAUGAAAUCAUCAUACGUGUCUUUUCGCAUAUAAUACGUGUAGAGGAAUGUUGUAUAAACCUUAUAUACGAAGAUUACGAAGAACUACUUGAUGAAGAAAGAAAGGAGGCUCAUGAUGUCGAUGCCUUAGAUCAAAUGUCGUGGACUGAUAGAAUGGAUAAAGAUAUAUCGAAUUAUGUUUUCCUGGGGAAGAAACAUGUGUUCCGAGAUGACCAUCUGGAAUAUAAUGCAAGAAAAGAAAAAUGGGAGAGACCAACAAUCUCUUAUCCCAUUAAUAUACCCCCAAGACAGGAGCCCAGUAGUUAA